GCGGGCGCCGGACCCCCAGGCGGAGCGACAGGUCUCGGGCCCUCAGGCGGAGCGGCGGGCGCCGGACCCCCAGGCGGAGCGACAGGUCUCGGGCCCUCAGGCGGAGCGGCGGGCGCCGGACCCCCAGGAGGAGCGACAGGUCUCGGGCCCUCAGGCGGAGCGGCGGGCGCCGGACCCCCAGGCGGAGCGGCGGGCACCGAGUCACCAGGCACGACAGUGGGCUCCGAGUCAACUGGUAUGACCGCGGGCACUGGGUCAGACAUUGGAUCGUCUGACCGGACAGCGGGCAUCGGUUCACCAGGCAUCAGGUCAUUUGGCUCGACCGCGGGCACCGCGUCAUCUGGCAAGGCAGUGGGCUCCGAGUCAACUGGUAUGACCGCAGGCACUGGGUCAGACAUUGUAUGGUCUGGCUGGACAGUGGGCAUCGGGUCACCAGGCAUCAGGUCAUUUGGCUCGACAGCGGGCACCGCGUCAUCUGGCAAGGCAGUGGGCUCCAAGUCAACAGGCACGACAGUGAGCACGGGGCAUCAGGUACCGGAUUGUCUGGCUCGACAGCGGGCAUCGGGUCACCAGGCAUCAGGUCAUUUGGCUUGUCAGCGGGCACCGCGUCAUCUGGCAAGGCAGUGGGCACCGACGGGUCACCAGGCAUUGGAUCGUCUGGCUCGACAGCGGGCAUCGGGUCACCAGGUAUGACAGCGGGCACUGGGUCACCAGGCAUCAGGUCAUCUGGCAAGGCAGUGGGCACCGGGUCACCAGAUAUGACAGCGGGCUCUGAGUCAAUUGGCA